AUGGUUGAGGAGGAGAUCGCUACUGACGUAGUCGAUCUGGAGACUAGUUCGAUUAGGGUGGCACGGAAGACAGUUCGGAGGGAGGUUCUUGACGUGGAUGUCGACGUGCUUGUUGUGGACUCAGACAUGGAUGACGACUAUGUGGCUAAAAGGCAAUAUGAGAGGCUCCAAGACAGACAUACAAUACCAAGGCUACGGAUGGAUACCAACACAUUUCGUGUGUUCUGUUCUCUUCUACAUGUUGAGGGUAGGCUAAAGGAAGAUGGGUUAGUGCCAAUAGAAGAACAAGUUGCGAUGUUUCUACACGUAUUGGCUCACCAUGCUAAAGACCGUGUCAUAAAAUUUAAAUUCCAAAGAUCUGGGGAAACUAUUAGCAUAUACUUCAAUUUAGUGUUAAGUUCUGUCUUAAGGUUACAAAAGAAUUUACUUAAAACACCAUAUCCGAUUCCUGAGGAUUGCAUUGACAAUAGAUGGAAAUGGUUUAAGGGUUGUCUAGGGGCACUAGAUGGAACCUAUAUUCGUAUUAAUGUCUUUGAGGUUGAUAAACCAAGAUAUAGAAGUCGGAAAGGUGAAAUUGCAACAAAUGUCUUAGGAGUAUGCUCACGAGACAUGCAAUUUAUAUAUGUGCUACCAGGUUGGGAGGGUUCAGCUUCAGAUGCUAGGGUGUUGCAUGAUGCAAUUAAUAGGAGAAAUGGUCUUAAGGUUCCUACAGGAAAAUACUACUUGGUAGAUGGUGGGUACACAAAUGGAGAAGGGUUUCUUGCCCCUUAUAGAGGAAUUUGA